UAUGUGAAAAGACACAUGUUCUACCUCAGAUAUAUAACUAGGAGACACUACGUAUACAAGAUAAGAAGGAGUUUACUGGUAACACUGCAGGAAUACAGACGGGAUCGCUGACAUGUAUAAACUCACAGUCUUCGUUAUAUCAGUAUGUGCGUUCUCAGCGUACGCUCAGAACGCCACAACAGCAUCCAGCGGCACAACACCCUCUAAUAUAAUAAGAUGUCGGCUAUGUAAUAGAGCUAACACCCUUUCAGAUUGUAACAAACUUGUCACAUGUGAUAGUACUCUGGAGGACUGUUUUAUGGACGAGUUGAUUACAGAUCAGCUUACGGUGGUGUACGUAGGUGGCUGCAGAGCGAAAGACGUAUGUAACCAGUCGGGAAGAAAGAGGAGAGGGAGGAGAGGCGAUCUAGUAGCUUGCUCAAGGUGUUGUGAUUUUGACGAGGACUGUAACAAACGUCUUUGUGGCAUAAAAGAUGAUACUAUAAACUCGUCUCAAUGUUAUUCUUGCGAUCACAGAACUUCCGAGCAAUCUGAAGUGAAGGACCCCAAGAAAUGUGUCACAUUAGACACGUGCCAGCCCAACGAGAUGUGUUACGCCAACCAGGCCGACAUUGGCGGCAAAGACUCGUUCUUCUAUGGUUGUAUGAGCAAACUGCGAUGCGGAAUUCUCAUGCGACAAGCAUACGAAUAUUAUAGGGUCUGUACGGCCAACGACACUGCGCCGCUUCAGCCUGGAACAACACAGGCUGAAUAUUGUGGAAACAUUGGCAAACGAUCAACAGAUCUAUGUCAUUCCUGCUGCGAUUACGGCGGUUGUAACUACGGAACAUGUCGAGAAUUAAACGAACGGGUAUUUACACUGGCAUUUAAUGGGAAGUUCGACUUGAACACACUGAAACCUACAUAAAUAUCAUAAAGGAGCUGUUGCAUGUAUAUGCAUGUCAUUGACAUUCUUUUCUAGAAGAAAAUAAAGUAGUACAUAUAGUA